UCAACACUCUCAAAGAUGGCGGAGGGCACGAAAAUGGUGAUCAAAGUUGACCUAAAUUGCAGCAAAUGCUACAAGAAAGUUAAGAAAAUACUUUGUAAAAUCCCCCAAAUACAAGAUCAAGUUUACGAUGAGAAGCAAAACACAGUUACGAUAAAAGUGGUGUGUUGCUGCAGCCCUGAAAAAAUAAUGCAAAAGAUCCGCUGCAAAGGCGGUAAGUCAAUCAAAAGUAUAGAAAUCAAACCGCCUGAGGAGAAGAAAAAAGAGAAACCGCCUGCCAACCCAUGUAGUGGAAGGAAAGAUAAACCAAAACCAUGUGAUGGAAAGAAAGAAGACGGAGAUAAACCAAAACCAUGUGGUGGAAAGCAAAAAGACGGAGACGCACCAAAGCCAUGUGAUGGAAACCAAAAAGACGGAGAUAAACCAAAACCAUGUGAGCCACCUACUGAAGUUGUUGUUAUUAAACUACCACAAACUCCGCCAACCAAGAUACCGGUACUGGGCUGUCCACCAGCCUACGGCUACCCUAUCCCGUGUGGGGUGUGUUGCAGGGAGUGCUCCGAGGGGCGGAAAGGGGGGCCAUGUCAACACCUUUCUUGUGGGAGACCUCCAUGUUAUGGUGAUUAUUGUGGAAAGCCAGUUUGUGAUAGUUGGGGUAGUGGUUGUGAUUGUGGUUGCAACAGGGUUUAUUAUUGCAGGAAUCGUGGUGGUUAUUACUAUUAUUGUGAAGAAAACCCUCCCCCUUGCUCGAUUAUGUAAUCAAAUAAUGCUUGCUCGAUGCAUAUGGUCAUCGAUCAAUCGUCUAGUUUGAUUAUUUUUCUUGAUGGUUUGUUAAUUAUGUGGAGUAUUCAUAGAUAAGUCUUUGUGGGUGUGGGCAUGUGUCUUUCUCUUCUUUGUAUAGAGGUUUCAUCAAUUUUCGUAGAAGGAAUGUCACUAUAUUGUAACAGUUUUU